GGGUUCUCCCCACCACAAAAAAAGAGAAAUAUUUCGUAGGGAGAGGAACAACAACUUAAGACCUUGAGUUCAUCUGCGCGUGGAGAAAUUGGGGCUUCCCUGGACUAGGGAAGAGAGCGUCUCGGAGGAGGAAAACGUGGGGCUGCAAAAUAAAACAAGAGAGCCGAGCAAGCUGGCGGGGCUGAGCGGCGUGCUCAGCCUUUUCUAAAUAUAAAACCCGAGCAGGGUGGGGAAGAAGGGUGUGCAAGCAAGGCAAAGCGUGCGAGGCACAUGCACACGCGGCGGAGGGGAGAGAGCGAGCCGGAGAGUCGCAGGGCAUCGAGCCUCGACGGUGGUUGGCGUUUCAAGGGAGAGUCACAGGAGAGGGAGGAGGAGAAGAAGAAGGAGAAGAAGAAAAGCAGCCCUUUCCUCUGCCUCUCUUUCUAUUUCCCUCCUCGGGUUCAACUCUCAGUAGGAGAAGCUCGUGGGGGGGGGAGGGGGUGACGUCGGGGAGAAGGAAAGGGGGCGACGGGUGCGGAGCGAAGAGGGCGACCGGCUAAGGCUCCCUUAUUCUCCUCCCUUCUUUUCCCCACACCCCCCAGCUGACAACAUGGCUGCGGCCGCUAACGCUGCCCAGGACGAACUGAAUCAGCUUGAGCGUGUCUUUUUACGUCUUGGCCAUGCGGAAACGGAUGAGCAAUUGCAGAAUAUUAUAUCCAAAUUCCUACCGCCUGUUCUUCUGAAGCUUUCCAGUACACAGGAAGGAGUACGUAAGAAGGUUAUGGAAUUGCUUGUUCACCUGAACAAACGUAUCAAAAGUCGCCCCAAAAUCCAGCUGCCGGUGGAGACUUUGCUGGUCCAAUACCAGGAUCCUUCUGCCGUGUCCUUUGUCACAAAUUUCACCAUAAUAUACGUUAAGAUGGGUUACCCCCGUUUGCCUGUGGAAAAGCAAUGUGAGCUUGCUCCCACUCUGCUUACUGCAAUGGAAGGAAAACCCCAACCCCAACAAGACAGCCUAAUGCACCUUCUAAUACCAACCCUUUUUCACAUGAAAUACCCUGUUGAACCUCUGAAAGCAGCUUCUCCGUUUAAUCUUGCCGAGAAACCAAAGACUGUGCAGCUGCUCUUGGAUUUUAUGUUAGAUGUCCUCCUUAUGCCUUAUGGAUACGUGUUGAAUGAACCCCAGAGUCGCCAAAGUGUGCCAGCGGGACAGGGCUCUUCUUCAUCAAGUGGUUCCGGAGGUUCUGGGAUCCCUCAGCCUCCUCCAGGAAUGAGCUUUUACGCAGCCAAGCGGGUAAUCGGGGACAGCCCAUGGACGCCGGAACAGUUGGAACAGUGUAAACUGGGCAUCGUGAAGUUCAUCGAAGCUGAGCAGGUGCCUGAACUUGAAGCUAUCAUACACCUGGUCAUCGCCUCCAGUGACACAAGGCACAGUGUAGCCACUGCAGCAGACCUUGAACUCAAAAGCAAGCAAAGUUUGAUUGACUGGAACAAUCCAGCCAUCAUCAACAGGAUGUAUAAAGUGUACCUUGGGGACAUACCACUAAAAACCAAGGAGGGAGCUGUUCUGAAACCAGAAUUAAAACGUGAUCCAGUCAGCACACGGGUAAAAUUAAAGAUAGUCCCUCAUCUUUUGCGCUCCAGGCAAGCUGCAGAAACGUUUCCUGCAAAUAUUCAGGUGGUCUAUGAUGGACUUUUUGGUGCAAAUACCAAUGCAAAACUGAGAACCUUGUCUCUUCAAUUUGUGCAUCAUAUUUGUGUCAUUUGCCCGGAUGGUAAGAUAAAGCCACUCGGCCCCAUGCUCCUGAAUGGAUUGACAAAACUGAUUAAUGAGUAUAAAGAGGACCCCAAAUUGUUGUCGAUGGCCUAUUCAGCUGUUGGAAAACUUUCCAGCCGAAUACCUCAGCUGUUCACCAAGGACCUGGCACUAGUCCAACAGUUUUUUGAGGCUCUUUCUAAGGAAGAUCCCGACACGAGGCUUGCUAUUCAAGAGGCCUUGUCCAUGAUGGUUGGGGCCUACACAAAUCUAGAAGGUGCCCCACGUACUCUUAUGGAGGCCCUUGUGGCCUCAAACCUAAUUAAGCCUCAAGUCCAAGUACGUCAGGUGGCUGUAAAGUUUGCCAGCACGGUGUUCCCUUCAGAUCACAUUCCUUCAAGAUACUUACUACUUUUAGCUGCAGGAGACCCACGGGAAGAAGUACACGGAGAGGCACACCGCGCGCUGAGAACGUUUCCUGGCAAAAAUGAAAAGGAGAGUGGUGGUAAACAGAUGCCUUCCUUCCCAGAAAUGGUCCAGUAUAUUCAAGAGAAGGCUUCUCACAGAAUGAAAACACCUGCUAAAUAUAUGACGGGGACUACAGCCAUGCCUUUCAACCCAGCUGCUUUUGGAGAGAUCGUCCUGUACCUCCGAAUGUGUCUCGCUCACAGUUCUGGUGUGGUGCCCACCUCCCAGAACUUAGGUGAAAUGCGGGAUCAUGCUCCAGCUAUUGGACGUUACGUUAGGAACCUCCUCUCUGGACCCGUCAUAACAUCCUCUUCCUCAAAGGGUGGCGAAAGCAACCCUGUGCAGAUCUAUAUAAGCCUUCUUCAGCAACUGCUGUCUGGUGUUGGAGGUUUGCCAGUGAUGUACUGUCUGUUGGAGGUUGUUUCCGUCUAUCCUGAAAAACUAGCUGCAAGAUUUGUAGACAAAAUGGAUUGGAUAAAGGGCCUUAUGAAUACCAAUAAGGAAGAGAUGCGGGAGCUGGCUGCUCUGUUUUAUUCAGUAGUAUUGUCGACUGUGUCAGAAAACGAAUUUAAAACAUCGGUUCAGCACCUGAUAAAAACAGCAAAAGACAAUCAUAAUCUAGAAAUGCAACAUGGAUCCUUGUUGGCUCUAGGAUUUACAGUUGGACGGUAUUUGUCAAAGAGAAAAAUGAGGAUGGUGGAACUGCAUGACUUGGAAGAUCCAAACACCAUUGUUGCUCCAGAACAAGACCAGAUGAUAAAGUCAACGACAGAAACGAUCGGUUCUUUUCUGGAUAGUACCUCACCCCUUUUGGCAGUAGCUGCUUGUACAGCACUGGGGGAAAUAGGCAGGAAUGCGCCUCUGCCCAUCCCGAAUGAAGGGACUGGAUUGACAAAGCUUCAUCUUGUUGAAAGUUUGCUAGCCAGAAUUCCCUCAGGCAAGGAAACUAAUAAGAUGAAGGAACGAGCUAUACAAACGCUGGGUUACUUUCCAGUAGGGGAUGGAAAUUUCCCCCACCAGAAGCUACUCUUACAAGGAUUGAUGGAUUCUGUAGAGGCCAAGCAAAUUGAACUGCAGUUUACUGUUGGUGAAGCUAUUACCAGUGCUGCAAUAGGAACUAGCUCUGUAGCUGCCCGGGAUGCAUGGAUGGUAGCUGAAGAAGAAUAUACUCCUCCCGCUGAUGCGAAAGUUAACGACGUGGUUCCCUGGGUCUUGGAUGUCAUUUUGAAUAAGCACAUUGUCAGCCCCAACCCUCACAUAAGACAAGCAUCCUGCAUCUGGCUUUUAUCACUGGUGAAGAAGCUCAGCACCCACAAAGAAAUUAAGUCUCAUCUCAAAGAAAUCCAAACUGCAUUUGUAACUACUCUAUCCGACAGUGACGAACUCAGUCAAGAUGUUGCUUCCAAAGGCCUCGGUUUGGUGUACGAGCUUGGGAGUGAGCAAGACCAGCAGGAGCUGGUUACUACUCUUGUGGAAACACUUAUGACUGGAAGAAGAGCCAGGCAUGAAGUGACUGGGGAGACAGUGAUGUUCCAGGGAUCAGGCCUCGGCAAGACUCCAGAUGGCCAGGGUCUUUCUACUUACCAGGAGCUUUGUUCGCUCGCUAGCGACCUCAACCAGCCGGACUUGGUGUACAAGUUCAUGAAUUUGGCCAAUCACCAUGCAAUGUGGAACUCUCGGAAGGGAGCUGCUUUUGGUUUUAAUGUGAUCGCAACCAAAGCUGGGGAACAGCUUGCUCCUUUUCUCCCACAGCUUCUUCCUCGUCUCUAUCGUUACCAGUUUGACCCCAACCUAGGGAUCCGGCAGGCUAUGACCAGCAUUUGGAAUGCGCUCGUGACAGACAAAUCUGCAGUGGACAAAUAUAUGAAAGAAAUCCUUGAUGAUUUAAUAAGCAACUUGACCAGUAACAUGUGGCGGAUCCGAGAGUCCAGCUGUCUAGCAUUGAAUGAUUUGCUAAGAGGAAGACCCUUGGACGACAUUAUUCAUAAACUUCCAGAAAUAUGGGAAACUCUCUUUAGAGUGCAAGAUGACAUAAAGGAAUCUGUACGGAAGGCAGCAGAGUUAGCCCUGAAAACAUUAAGUAAGGUGUGUGUGAAGAUGUGCGACCCGUCUAAAGGAGCUGCAGGCCAGAGAACAAUAGCUGUCCUGUUGCCAUGCCUGCUUGAUAAAGGAAUGAUGAAUACUGUGACAGAAGUGCGGACUCUCAGCAUUAACACCUUGGUGAAGAUCAGUAAAAGUGCUGGGGCCAUGCUCAAGCCACACGCACCCAAGCUCAUCCCAGCUUUGUUGGAGUCCCUGAGUGUGCUGGAACCCCAGGUCCUCAAUUACUUGAGUCUGCGUGCUACGGAGCAGGAAAAGGCGGCAAUGGAUAGUGCAAGACUCAGUGCUGCUAAAUCCUCCCCCAUGAUGGAGACUAUCAACAUGUGCUUACAGUAUUUGGAUGUUUCUGUCCUGGGUGAACUGGUUCCUAGACUGUGUGAGCUGACUAGGAGUGGACUAGGCAUUGGCACCAAGGGCGGUUGUGCUAGUGUAAUUGUAUCACUGACCACUCAGUGCCCUCAAGACUUGACACCGUAUUCAGGCAAGCUCAUGAGCGCUUUGCUCAGUGGCCUAACUGAUCGAAACACCGUGGUGCAAAAAACUUUCGCCUUUGCCAUGGGACAUCUAGUUCGGACCUCACGGGACAGCAGCACUGACAAAUUGCUGCAGAAGCUGAACAGCUGGUACAUGGAGAAAGAAGAACAAGUCUAUAAAAUGGCCUGUGCAUUAACCAUCCAUGCCAUUGGGCGCUACAGCCCAGAUGUACUGAAGAACCAAGCCAGGCAUGUCUUGCCCCUGGCUUUCCUGGGCAUGCACGAGGUCCCCGAGGAAGAAAAAGGCGAGAAGGAAGAGGGCAACCUGUGGACUGAAGUCUGGCAGGAAAAUGUGCCUGGUACCUAUGGUGGCAUAAGGCUUUAUAUGGAAGAAUUGAUAGCAAUCACCCAGAAAGCUUUGCAGUCCCAGUCUUGGAAGAUGAAAGCUCAAGGAGCAGCCAGCAUGGCAUCUAUUGCAAAGCAAACUGGCUCCCUGGUCCCUCCGCACUUGGGCAUGGUGCUCUCUGCUCUGGUGCAAGGCCUGUCUGGAAGAACGUGGGCAGGAAAGGAGGAGUUACUGAAAGCUACUGCCAGUGUCGUCUGUUCAUGCAGCACGGAGCUGCAGAAGUCUUUACCCAACCAGCCCAGCAUUGACGACAUCCUACAGGCCUUGCUGAAGGAGUGCCGGAAGGAGAACCUCAGGUACAAGAUUGUGGCUCUCCGGUGCACAGCUGAUGUGCUCAAGGCCACGCAGGAAAAUCGGUUCAAGGAGCUGACAGACAUCAUCUUUCCAAUAAUAAAGAAGAACUGCCCUGAGAACAUGGGGGCCAGUUCGCCACAGAACGACGACGAAGAUGAGAAUGAAAACGAGAAGGAGCUCCAGAUGGAAUCUCUUCUCUGUGCCUUCGAGAGUUUGGGCAAAGCAUGGCCCAGAAACCCAGAAACACAACGCUGCUAUCAACAAGAGGUGUGCAAACUAAUGUGUGAGCGUCUGAAACUCAGUACGUGGAAAGUGCAGCUCGGAGUGCUCCAAGCUAUGAAAGCUUAUUAUCAAGGGUUACUGUUGCUUGAAACGGAACACUCAGAUCCUGAGGCUUUGACAAGAAUACUGUUUGAAACCUGUUCCUCCAUCACCCAUUCUCUAGAGAAUAGAAGCUACACCUCCAUAAGAACAGAAGCCUUGUCAGUGAUAGAAGUACUGUUCACAAAACUUGAAGAGUCCAGACAGUGGGAGAGCCUGAGCACAGAAAGCAGAGAACUCCUCAUUGGCUCCUUAACAGCUCUGAUGCUGGACAGCAGGCCUGAGCUACAAGAGAAAGCCACUUUGCUAAAGAAAACCUUAGAAAAACUCAAUUGAAUUGACAGCCAACCAAGUGCCAUGCGAAACGAAACAAGCAAAAACGAAAGCGCGCAGUGAGCUCUGAAUACAGAGAGGAAACGUAAAGACGAUUCUGUAGCAUGCAUCAUCCCUUGGCUAAAAUAAAGAACACCUUGAAUUCUGUUCCCCAUUAAUUUUCUUCUCCUUCCCCUCUUCCUCCCCCCCCCCAAUUUUUUGUAACCAUUUCAAGCAGUUUGGCUAGAAUGAAAGCCUCGAGAGUAUUGUUUUUUUUUAAAAAAAGCACACAACCGUAAACCCAAGCUGUGUAAUGAAUUUUAUGGAAAUUGUCCCGGCCUGCGUGCAAAUAAAGGAGGGGAAGAAGCACCUCAUUUGAAAAUUAACACCAGCCAAAAUCUUUGGUGUGUACCUGGAAAUGAUGCUUGAUAAGAAUUAUCGAAUGUGUUCAUGGGAGCACUGGAGAUCAAAUACUCUGGCCUGUAUCUUUCAUGUGGAGUAAUUAUUUCUUACUGUUGGUUUUGAUAGGACUCUGGGUCUUGUUAGGACAAGGUGUGCUAAUGCAGAGAGAGGCCCACCUUUCUGUUGGUUUAGCCUGACUGCUCUUUUGGAAUCCCCUUGAUGUGUUCUGGUCCUCCUGGUCCGCAUCCUGUCCCAUCAUCCGAUGUAAAAAUGGAGCAAAUGCACACUGGAAAGCACUUUAAUUAGCUGUCUGGAAACAAUGUUGUACUUAGGUUUUAAACAAGCAAAGAAGGAGCAGUGCCCUUUCCCGAAAUAAGUUUUGCAUGCUACUCAGUAAUAGCAAAGCCCUUAUCCAAAAUAAUGGUUUUCAAGAGUGCUCUGCGUUUUCCAUGAAAUAUUUCAUAGUAGGCUUCCUUUCCUCAGGUGUGUAACCCCCAUCUUGCUUUGGAAAACUGUACAUGUUUUAACAUUAUUAAGGCGGUGUAGUUAAUAAUGGCUUUCUAUUUGUCACAGCAUAUUCUGUUUAUAAGAAAGUACUUUUGUUUUUCUGGGUAAGGAUCAACGUUACAUCCAUUUGAGAGAGUGGAAACACAUUGCGUUAAGCAGUCCCCUUUUCUGUAGUUGCAAAAGCAUUUUUUUUGGGGGGGUGACAUUUGCUCCAAUUUUAAUAAAGGCUCCCUAGAUGGUGCAGUUAAAACGUUUAGAACGUCACAACCAUAAUUUAAGGCUCAUCGCCAUACAUCCACAGAAUACCGUGUAGGAAAGAACGCAUUUUACCUGCUAACAGUUUUGUCAUGUGCAGUGUUCUUGAACGUAAGACGUUUGUAGGAUUUGUUUCACGUGAAGAUCUACAUGCAGGCGGCACGUUAAUUCCUACAUGGAAGUGCCUUCUGCGUAAGAAUUUUGCAACAUACAAAACUGACCAUUGCUCCUGCUUGAUUGGCACCACACCCACCCACCCAAUUGCCCUGUGGCACCUUGGAGGGCUGCCUGACUCAGCCAGGAUUACUUGGAUGCAUCAGUUAUAUGAAUCGAUCCUCCCGCAGUGCUACAAGCCCUUUUCCAGGUGCCUUUGAUCACGAACCUUCAGCAUCUGCGUGGACUGCUCUCUCGCAGAGCUACUUCAUAAAUUUGGUGCAUACAUCCCGAGGUGCGAGGGCACAAGCUGUUUGUAAAUUGGCUUACUCAGCGUACAGUCGCCUUUUUAGGGAGGUUCAGGACAUUUGACAGAAAAAGGGUUUUUUUAGGGCUGCUUCACAUUUAACGGCCACCCAUAAUUCCUGGGGUGGGGUUACACUCUUUUAUCCUGAGGUACAGGUUAUCUCAAAAUGGCAGUGAGAGGUGUGUUCCUGAUUUUGAGGACUCCUGGCCAUUGUUACGAUCUCGCUCCGUGGAAGUCUACUGAGAAAUUUAAUGACUGGUGUGUGUGUGUCUCGUGUGUUGUCAGACUCUCUUGUCUGUUGGUUAAAAGCCUUUGUCUUCUACCUAGCACCGCCCCGUAGCUAAGGAAUAGUAAAGCUGGUCUAAGAGAUUUUAAUGUAUUACGGAAAGCUGCUUGUUGUUUACGUUGAGUUUGAAUUUGCCAAGCACAUCUGUAAAGCGGAAUGUUUGUAGGCAUAAGAUCUUUGCAUAACUUUUAACAAAAUAGCCCAUUUUGUCUCGCCGGAGCUCUUUCUCCCUCCCUCUCUCUUUUUGUAUUACGCAGAGAUGUCAAGUGUUGCUCUUUUUAUUUCUUUUUGCAACAGCCGUUUUGAGUGUUUUAAUAGAACCUGUGACAACCAUAUAUAUACGACAUGUGCUAGGUCUCCGAUAUGACUCUUCAGCAAGGGCUUCAGUAUUUUGAGGUGGAAUCUAAAAACUUGAGUUUGGAACAGCUGCUGUAGUAAGUGUUUCCAAAUGGAAAUUUAUAUUAACCGUACUGAAUACUAAAAUUCCAGAAUAAGAACUACCUGGAAUGUGCAAGUUUGGUGAAUAGCUUCUCUGAAUAGCUUUUUUUCUUCUAAAUUUAGAUUAUGAACUUACCAAACAAACAUGUGCCUCUAUGAGAAACCUACCUGCAAAAAAAAGUUGACUUAGAGGUCAGAUACCCGUCCCUCUUUUAAAUUUGUUGAUAGGAAAAAAGUGGCCUUUGGAGAGUUAUGUUUUCCUCAGAAAACAAUUGCACUAUAAAACACUGUUGCCCAAAUGUGGGCGCUUGUGCUGCUGUUUAAUGCUGCUUUGUAUACCUGGAUUGAAGUGUGUAAAUUUGACACUAUAGCACCCGCUGAAUUUACAAACUUGUUUUGUGUUUUAAAGAUUUCUAAUGUUGCAAGAAAAAGGUCUCCAUUAAAUUCACUACAUUCAUUUUCUGUAUCUGGAUGUCAAGUUAUGUAAGUGGAUUGACCGAAAGAAACCUCCUCACCAAAAGGAUAACAUUAAAAUAAAGGCACAUGACCUCCUC